AUGAAAAACGAUCAACCGGUCAAACAGCGCUACUACCCGAAGAACCCGAAGAAGCAGGGAGGCGAAGUACAUAAACAGCCUGGAUUUGAAGGACGGGUACUGGCAGAUUCCGUUGGCAGCGGCAAGUCGGCAAUAUACGGCAUUUACAGUGCCGGGAAAGGGCCUAAUUCAGUGGAAAGUAAUGCCACAUCGGCAACGUUCCAGCGGUCGUUGGACCAGGUGAUAGGACCCGAGAUGAUGCCACACGCCUUUGCGUAUCAGGAUGACAUAAUUGUAAUCGGACGGACACUACAAGAACACAAUCGCAACAUGAAAGAGGUUUUCCGGAGGCUAUGGGCGGCAAGCCUGAAAGUUAACGCAGAUAAGUGCAAGUUUUUUCGAAAGGAGCUACAAUUCUUGGGCUACCGAGUGACGGACCAGGGCAUCGGAACGGAUCCGGAGAAAAAACAGGCAAACAGGCACCAAGAAGCAUUCGAGGCCGUCAAAACCAGGUUGGUCGCCGACCCGAUCCUGGCAUGCCCCGACUUCAGAAGGACCUUCGUGCUACAGACGGACGCCAGCGACUAUGGGCUGGGCGCUAUCCUCACACCGCACUCCGAGCAAGGCGAGCGGGUCAUAUCCUACUCCAGCAGAGCUCUGAACGGAGCGGAAAAGAAUUAUUCUGCGACAGAGAAGGAGUGUUUAGCGAUAGUGUGGGCUGUCAGGAAAUUAAGACCGUACCUGGAAGGCUACCAUUUCAAAGUGAUAACAGAUCACAUGGCCCUGAAGUGGCUGAACAGCAUCGAGAGCCCGUCCGGAAGGAUCGCGAGGUGGGCGUUGGAGCUCCAACAAUUCGAUUUCGAAAUCUCAUACAGAAAGGGCCAGCUGAACAUCGUCGCGGACGCCCUGUCAAGACAGCCGCUGCAGGAAACGAGCCGCAGGAUAACGGCGACGGAAUGCAGGUGGAUAGAAGAGAUGCGAAGGAAAAUAAAGCAGGAUCCCCAAAAAUACCCAGACUACCAAUUGUAUAGGCACAUUCCGCACCGGGCAGGAAACGAGGAUGUGGUAUCAUGGAAGCUGUGUGUGUGUACCAACCAGGGAGAGGCAGCGCGUCAUGGCCGAGAACCACGACAUGCCGACGGCAGGACACCUGGGAAAUCGGAAGACAGCUGCGCGGGUGGCAGCCAGGUACCACUGGCCAGGAAUGCACCGAGACAUAAGAAGGUACGUGCGGAACUGCGAGAGCUGCAUGAAGUACAAGCCCAACCAGCUGCAAGCAGCCGGAAAAAUUCUGACCCAGGUCCCGGAAGAACCGGGACGGAGCUGCAACUGGCAGUAAACCCGAGUGUGGCGGAGACCACCGGAUACCCGCCGGCAUUUAUAAAGCAGGGAAGAGAACCAAGGCUGCCGAACGCGUUGUUCGACGAACAGACGGCCGGAACGGGCAGGUGUAAACAGACGCCGGCAGAAAACGCGUAA